GCGUUUCAUGCAGAUUUUUUAAUUUACGUCGUCUGCUAGGAAGGAAAACAUGAAAUCGUGACUGAGAGAGUAGGUAGAUUUUACGUUUACGUGUUCAAAUUCAAUUCACAGCAAGAUGAACCAGCGAUUCGUUCGCACGCUGUGCUUGCUUGUGCUAUUGACACAAAAUAUCUGUGUCAUUGAGACCGCGGAAAUCACGAGAGAAGACCACCGCACAGAUGCAAAUACUACCCGUCAAAUAGUGGAGAAACUGAAAGAUGAGAAGUCAAACUUAUUAAACGUGUCAGCCGUUCCCGUAGCCAACAAUGACACAUUCUUUAGUCAUCAUCACCCAUCUCAUGACGAACUUGAUCCUGCUCUGCCCGGCAAAGGUGCAGCUGAAGAAGAGCAUCACAAUUCGCUAUCCAUCUUCCUAGUCCUUGUCCUGCUUGGCAUCUGCAUCCUGUUAAUCCAUGUUAUGCUCAAAUUUCACUUUCACUAUGUGCCUGAAAGUGUUGCAGUCAUCUUUAUUGGUGCUUUGGUGGGGCUGUUUCUGAAGCUGAUGUCGUAUCAGAAUGUUGCCGACUGGGCCAAAGAAGCAGCUUUUUCUCCAACAAUAUUUUUCCUUGUUCUACUGCCACCCAUCAUCUUUGAAUCAGGCUACAAUUUACACAAGGGCAACUUUUUCCAAAACAUUGGAUCCAUCACAGUAUUUGCUGUGUUUGGAACUCUUAUCUCAGCUAUGAUAGUGGGCAGUGGAGUUUAUCUUUUAGGAUUGGCAGACAUUGCUUACAAAUUAAGUUUUAUCGAAAGCUUCGCAUUUGGCUCGCUGAUCAGUGCAGUGGACCCUGUUGCAACACUAGCCAUCUUUCAAGCCCUGGACGUCGAUCCGGUGUUGAAUAUGCUCGUGUUCGGAGAGAGUAUUCUAAAUGACGCUGUGGCCAUUGUGCUGACGACGACAAUCCUUGAAGUCGAUUCUCCAGAGUUGCAUAGCAUGAGUGGUGGUCAGCUAGUGUUGCACGGUGUCGGCCGCUUCUGCCUUAUGUUCUUCGCUUCGGCUGCCAUCGGAGUGGCCUUUGCCCUGGCUAGCGCUUUGUUGUUGAAAUAUGUCGAAUUGCGACGCAAUCCUUCUUUAGAAUUUAGUAUGAUGAUGGUCUUCACUUACCUACCGUACGCGUUGGCAGAAGGUAUCCACCUUUCGGGCAUCAUGGCCAUCCUCUUUUGUGGCAUUGUCAUGUCUCAUUACACCCACUACAAUUUGUCGCCGAUUACGCAAAUCACAAUGAAGCAAACGAUGCGAACUAUCGCCUUCAUUGCCGAAACCUCAGUGUUUGCAUAUUUGGGCCUCGGAAUUUUCAGUUUCCCUCAUCGGCUCGAACCUGCACUAGUCAUUUGGAGUAUCGUUCUUUGUUUGUUUGGACGAUUGGUAAACAUUUUCCCUCUUUCCGCGCUCGUAAAUCGCUUCCGUCAACACAAAAUAACGAAAAAAAUGAUGUUUAUAAUGUGGUUCAGUGGUCUGCGGGGUGCCAUCGCUUACGCAUUGUCUCUUCACCUUGAAUUUGAAAUGGAGACGAGACGUGUCAUAGUCACCACUACGCUUAUCAUUGUUCUCUUCACGAUAUUGGUGCUCGGCGGAUCUACCAUGCCGCUCCUCAAAUGCCUCAAAAGCAAAAGUCCAACACGCAACAGAGUAAGGAAAAGCGGUGCCCCAGUCAAUGCCACACUUAGCAAAACUCUCAAGCUGGAUCAGCCUCUCGAGUCAGACGUACUGUCUGAGAUGACUGAAGAGGAAAUGGACGUCACCUUGAUCCAGCAGCAGCAAGCUUUAAGUGGAUUCAUCCGCUUCGACUUGCAGUAUUUGUUCCCGAUUUUCACCCACCGGUUUUCGCGUAAUGAAGUGCGCGAAUGUCGUAUGCAAAUGUCUAACUUGGCCAGUCAGUGGCAGCAAGCUGUUCGUUCGUCACCUGUGGUUGCAUCUUCGUCCGUGACUCAACAUAUCGCUACCUCUCAGCACAACAGUGACGCGAACGAAAAUAGCACUGAAUGAAAACGUCAAAUUGUUUCGACAUGUUAUAAUUCUAUCCAUCAUAUUUAUUUGAAGAAAAAAAUAUGCUAUUUAUUGUGUGCUGUAAAUAAACUACUUUUUGUGGUGUUUUUGAUAACGAA